CCCCUUCCUCUUCUUUUUUCCCUAUCUUUUCUCCUUUCUUCCUUCCUUUAUUCCUUCACUAAAGUACACAUUGUUGUGUCACUUUAUCUAUGCACAUACAAACUAAAAAUCAAAAGUUUCUGGAAACCUGAAAGGAAUUAGUUCCAAAUUCUUACGUAGGAGCUCUGAGUGGCUACAUUUUACUGUAAACAUUUUUCAUGUCUAAAAGUACAACUUUUCUGUUUUCACAAUGUGGAUGAAUGUGUGAGAAUAUGAAUGAUGCAUAGAUAUGUGGAUGUAUUUCUGGGAAGUCAGUAUUCUGAAAUGUUAGUUCUAGCUAUGUGAAAUGUUGAAAACCUGAAAAAGAUAACUUAGAUAAUGGUUAUGUAAAAGAUAACCAUCCAAAGAAAGUAGUAUAAUUAAUAACCUUCUCACAAACAUACUUAAGGUAUUUACGGAAUUACCACAACUUUUAGCAAAUAGUGCCAUCUUACACGACUGCUCCCAAAUGAAAACUACAUACUAUGUUUAAACUGGAAAUUACAUUAAGCUGCGUUAUUUGUUUCACUUUAGUUUUGUGAUUUGUUUUUGUCAGGCCUUCACCUUUUGUAAGAUGAAUUAUGAAGAUACUAUAAUUUACUUCUGCUGCUUGCUUGUUUCCAUUAUUCAAAAUGCACACUGUUGUAAUAGAUUUCCAAAAGUCUUUAAACUUUGUUUUUGUACCUGAAUAACUAAUGGUUGGCUUGUAACUCAUGCCAUCUUUCUCUGGAAGCUCUUAACAAAUUUUGAUCUAUAAACACAUGUUAACUGCAAGAUUGCUCAUUAGUGCAGGCUUAUUAGAACUGUUUUAAUUUGAGCAGGUGCAUCUUAAAAUGUUCAUUUACAUUUCUGGGAGAAUUCGCCGGCCACAGCUACGAACCUGUUGGUGAGCCUCCAGCCUGUCCUGUGGGGUGAAUUGCAGAUGGUGGAGUCUGGCUGUAUUCGCUUCUUUCCAGUGCCAUCUACUGGCCAAAUUGAAUUUGUGUCAUUUACUUUUGUCCUCGCAUCUUAAAAGAGGUCGUACCACUUCCAGGCAGGGCUGUGAAAUUUACGGUGUCCGGUCAGAACUUGCCCCUUUGACAUCAGUCAUAUAAUGUAUAACCUCGAGUGAUUUGUGAACAGCUUGGCACCAUCUAAAUGUCAUUGCGAACAACUUCCCUUUGCUUCCCUGUAGUUUCUCUGUGUACCCUUAUGGCUUUACCCAGAAGAGGUAUGGCAAAUGUGUAGUAUGAUAGUUAUGACAUGCUUUACACUAAAUACUUUUAUUUCAAGCUUUUAGAGAUAGGACAAGUAAGGUUUAACACUGAAAAAAAAAAAAAAGCCCUGAAGCUGCACAGAAUGCAAACGGAUUUUUUAAAGUGCUUUUAUUUUGCACAGUUAGCACAAAUAGUUGUUGAAUUCUCAGUAAAUCUAUUAUGUCAUAAUUACUGAUGCAUUUUUUCUGUUAAGUCAUUGCAGCAUGUUGAAUGUAGUCCAAGUUAGUCUUGAAUUUAAAUCUUUUUUUUUUGCAUUGAUAUCAGUGUCACUGUAUGUGAUAUCUAUUGAGUGUUUCUGUUAGUAUUCUUAGGAAAGAGAGAUCCUCUCCAGAAUCAGUUCACUUGUAUAAACAAGAUUAUUCUGAGGUUUUAAUGCUGAUGAGAAAUGCCUGGUCUAAACUGUGAUGUGUUAAAGCACUUGACAGCUAAUGAAAGUGAAAAUUCUGUGGUCUUAGUGUCCUGACAUGCACAACAAAAAUUCAAAUUAGCUUGCAUUAAAGUGAGCAGAUGCCCCUUUGUUUGAAUAGCAAUUUAGAAGGAAAAAAAUUGCGAUAAAUUCAGUCGAAGAUUAAAAAAUCUAUGUUAGAGAUGGAUAAAUAUUCGCAUUAAUCUGACAAAAUAGUAAGUUCUCUACAAUUCAGAAAAUUGAUAUGGGUGUUUCCUGUGGCUUUCUCACACCUUGUCUUUCCCCAGCAGGACAGAACAUCAGAGGUAUCAGAACAGGUGAAUAAAAAAGAUGCUAAUGUUUGACCCAGUCCCUAUCAAGCAAGAAGCCAUGGAGCCUGUUUCAGUGUCAUACCCAUCCAAUUACAUGGACCAAAUGAAGCCAAACAAAUACGGCGUCAUUUAUUCUACACCAAGUAUGUUGCACAAUAAAUUCUACUCAAACCCUGAAGGACUAUCAAAUGGAAUCCAGAUGGAGCCAGUAGACCUCACAGUAAAUAAACGGAGUUCACCACCUUCAACUGGAAGUUCUCCUUCCCCACUAAAAUUUCAGACUGUGCAUAGGAGAAGUUCACCUGGAUUGACUCUGUCCUCACCCAGCUCGCCUCUCAGUAAAUUCACACCGUCACCCCCAGGAGUACCGCCUCUUUCUAUGCCAAUAACAAUCCCACCUGUAAUGGCCGCUGCUCUUUCACGCCAUGGACUGAGAAGCCCUGGGAUACUCCCAGUUAUACAGCCUGUUGUGGUCCAGCCAGUUCCUUUCAUGUAUGCUCCCCAUCUCCAGCAGCCCAUCAUGGUGUCCACAGUUCUUGCAGAUGAGAUGGAAACUCCAAGUAGCAUGCAAGUGCCUGUCAUUGAGUCUUAUGAGAAGCCCACAGUGAAGAAAACAAUCAAAGUAGAGCCAGGAAGUGAACCAUCGAAGACUGACUUCUAUCCUGAACAAAUGUCCCCUCCAAUAAUCACCUCAUUGUCUCCUCAGCAAGUAAUGUUGCAAGAGAAUCACCCUUCAGUUAUAGUUCAGCCAGGAAAGAGACCUUUACCUGUGGAAUCUCCAGACACACAAAGAAAACGCAGAAUACAUCGAUGUGAUUAUGAAGGCUGCAACAAAGUCUACACUAAAAGCUCCCACCUGAAAGCUCACCGAAGAACUCAUACAGGAGAAAAACCAUACAAAUGCACUUGGGAGGGAUGCACGUGGAAGUUUGCUCGCUCCGAUGAACUAACGCGGCAUUUCCGCAAGCACACAGGAAUCAAACCCUUCCAGUGCCCAGACUGUGACCGUAGCUUUUCACGUUCAGACCAUCUUGCUCUUCACAGGAAACGCCACAUGCUAGUCUGAAUUCUUCUGUCCCUGACUCCUGUCACACUUCUUUUGUUUUUUACACAUGCCUUUUAAUUUGGAUUCAGCUGGUCUGGAUCUCUGAGUUUAUACCAUUAAAAGCUUACAUAUGGUCAGUAACAGAUGUUAUCUAACCCUUCUAUGUCCUUGCCACGGGUCAGACCUAAAGAAUGUGAACACUUCUUUUUUUUCUCCUGGGGAUGCUAAGCAAACCCUUUCUGCAUUCAGUAUGUUUAUUGUAUUUCAUUUGUCAAUAAGGGAAUUUGUAAACUAACAGCUUUUGUUGGUUUCUUCGUAUAAUCAACCCAGCAUAUACUGAUAAAAUAGUAAAUGUUAUUGAAUAUCCAAAAUGCUAGUCCUUGCCAGAGACUUAUUAUUUAUGUGCCCUGUAAGGGAUACACUCUCAUUUUAUGCUCAACAAUGCAAUGAAUGGACUCUCCCAGCUCUGUUGAUUUCUGCAGUGUGGUUAAUACAGCAGUUUUAGAAAUACACCUGAUUUAGAAAUCCUCUCUGCUCAAACAGUGAGUAAUGCUGAGGAAAUAAAUCUAAACAGUGUAAUUACUUUACAGAAAGAUUGAGUCAUAGUAUCAUUUACCCCAGUCAAGAAGAAAAAUGGGCAGGAAUUGGUCCGUACAUAAUACUGUGCAUCUAAACCAAUGUCAUCUGUCAUCUGAAUUACAGUGUAGUAUAUAUCCUUGUUUUUAUUGCAUAAUGCCCCACUGGAUUUGUGAAAGGAAGACUUUGUGUGACUCUGUAUGUCUGGUUUCAGUGCAAGUGUAUGGAUGGAAGACACACAGCUGAGUCAGGGUUUACCAUCAGGAGCAAGUUUUUCACCCAGACGGUGGCUGGGCACUGGAACAGGCUUCCCAGGGAUGUGGUCACAGCACCAAGCCUGCCUGAGUUAAGCAUCUGGACAAUUCUCUCAGGAAUAUGGUGUGACUUUUGGGGUGUCCUGUGCAGGACCAGGAGUUGGACUCUAUGAUCCCAAUGGCUCCCUUCCAAUUCAGUUUAUUCUGUGAUCCUAUGGUACUCUCCUGUGAUUUGGCAUUAAAUGAUAUUCAUGGAAACCUACUGCACCUCAUUUCAGGGGUAUAGACUAUCCCCCUGCAAUCAUGCCCCUGCAUUUCUUCUAAAUAUUUUUUUUUCUCUUUGCUGUACUUCAGAAAAUAGCAGAAAAUAGCAAUCAUUAAGUCAAAAAUGCUCCGAACUGGAUUGUUGUGAGUACUACUUUAAUACACUACAGUAUUUAAAAGUAUUGAUCCAGAGUAUUUUUAUGAGAAGAUGGCAGCAGAUAUGAAGUACUUCUGAUGAUAAAUUGAGUCGUAUCUGUUUCGGAUAAAAACAUACACCAAAUCAUCUAGUUCCUAACUGAUUUGUGACUCUGGUAGUCUCUCGAUGGUAGGUACAGCUGCUUCCCUGUGGAUGUGUCUAUUGCAUUAAAACCAUGUCUGUUAGCAAACAGAACUCCAUAGGUAAAAUAAAUUGAAUUCAAGCAACCUGCUGUUGACCCUAGAAAUGUUCCUGUUUGGGAGCCCUCUGAAAGGAAGGUUUCUGUCUGUAUUAGCUGGCAGACUUUAUGGCCCUGGAAGGAAACAGGAUGUAUUUCUCUACACUCACAAGUGCGUUUUCCUUCUUUGCCCUAUGUAAGGUAAACACCAUUCCCUGCAAGUUAAACAUACUGAAGUCAGCUUUUCCUUUCUUUUGGAAAAACCCAGUGAACAAUGGAGGUGUGAGGGGAGGAAGAGUUUCAUAGAACUCUGCAGGAGGCAGGUGGAGUGUUCAUCAGCAGGUGGGUAUAUUUGAGCCUGUGGAGCAGGUAGGCUGUGCUUCUAUAUCCAGUGGAGUCCAAUGCCAAACAAUCUUGGAGAUGCAAGAGUGUGAGUGCAAAGAGCCUUUUUUUUGUGAUAGGACUUUACCAGCUGUUCUGCUGACAUCCAUAUGCCCAUGGAAUUAGAGGAGAGGUCUGUACUUCCUGUAGAAAAAUGCUCUGACAGCAAUUGCUCUGUUUCAACUCCAUACAUCCUCACCACCUCGGUAGGGCUACAUCUGAUGUCUUGUAACUCUCCCUCAUCUGCUCACCUGUGGCACUGACACACCUGGCACAUGAAUCAGUCUUUUUUCUUUCUUGGUAGGCCAGAUUGUUAGUGACAUUGAGGAACUUAUAGGAAAGAGACUGAUACUAAUGAGCAACUGUUCCAGAAUGGAGAUUUUUGUUGGAUAUUUUUAUUGUCCAUGGUAGCAGAAUUGGCUCUAGGUUUUAAUGGCAAUUUUGGAAAUCCAGGCAUAUCACUGGCUGAGAGGCUGUGUGGAGGGAACCCUGUGGCAUCAGUCACAAGUCUACAGACGUUUACUACUCUGGGAGGAAAACAAUUCUCUGUUCCAUUGUAGAGGGGAAAAACCAGAUAGUAUAAAAAUAAGCACCUUAAUAGCAACUGGUCCCACUUUUACCUUAAAAAAAUGCAAGUUUUUAAAAUUCAGGAUGUUUAAGGAGCAUUUCUUUCUAAUGCUCUGUUUCUCUUUUGAGGCUUACAUAAAAUGUUUUCAUUAACACGUUCUUUUUAAUUUUUUUUUUUAAAUCUACCCUAAAAGCAGAACUUUUAGAACUAAGAAUUACUUCAGAUAUUUAAUCUAGGUUAUUUGCCAUGUUAAUUCAUUAGCUUGUGUACCUUUUUCCUGAAAAUAUUUAUGCUAAUGGUGGGGACAAAUACAGUGGAGAUCGAGGAGAACUUUAAAAUUUCUUCAUCCAAGUGUCUUGUGAAUUAGGACAACAAAAAUUUAAAUAUUAAAUAUAAGUAUUUGAGAUUAUUUCAUGUAAUGCCUUCCUUACAGGAUUUUUCACUUGUGUCUGUGGUGUCUUUGUGCGAUGUCUAAAAGGUCACAAACAAAUACACUUUCAGCUGAAUGUGAAUUUGCAUCUUAACCGGCUCAUUGGUUCAUUUUAGCAAUUUUAUUUGAGGGAUACCUUGUAAUUUUGAAAUAUGCACGAUUAAAUACUUUCCAAAGCCAGUCAUUCCAUCUAUGUCCUAAAGAAAAGCCAGUCUAGAUAGAAAAUCCUAAUCGUGGAGAAUGAGUAUAUUUAAAAACCCUCACCUUUCUCCCUAACAGUAUUGCACUGUGCAGUGUAUAACAGGUAAUACUGUUUUACUAAAAUGUGCUCGUUCAAGCCAUUUGAUUAUAAUAAAUUACUAGUUUCUAAUACAGUUGCAAGAAACUAAGCAGGUAUUAAUGUGUGGAGUUUCUUUAAAUACACACGCAGCAUUCUGCAGUGAUACUUCUAAUGCCACAUCUUGUUCAAGUAUCUUGUUGUCUCUGCCAAGGUUAGCAAUAUAUAGUUGAAUACAAAUCCUUUCUAAAAAAAUUUACAAAGCAUUUUACAUUUCUUAAGAGGGCUACACCAGUUUUCAUUAUAUUUUACAGAUAUUAGCACUUCAUGUACUUUAGAGGGCCAAAAUAAUCUUUUUGCUUAGCAUCUCUCACCUGAACAUAUAGCAAGGAUGUUUUAUUUACUUUAAUACUUCUAUAAACUAUGCAGAAUUUUUUUAAUAAAAUGUAAUAUAUUUUAUAAGCUAAUAAGACAGAAUGGCUAAUUAAAGAUUUCUAGCGUGCAUUACUAUAACUUGCAAAUAUGGAGACAUUUUGGUAAUCUUUUCUUACUAAAGAUGUGAAUGUUUAAUGUACUUCACUGUUUCUACUUUGGUAGUCCAAUGGGAAUUCAGUAAUGACAUUUUGUCAUGUCAAACUGUGAACAUAAAUUUGUACUGUACAGUCCUCAUACUAUAUUUAGUAUACAGUGCAUAUGUAUUAUACUUGUUAAUAAACCCCUCAGAAUGUU